AUAAGGUUGUUAUUUAGUGACCUUAAGUCUACUGUUCUUCAACAAACAAAUUGGACAGUGAAUCUUUCUUCUCUUUACAGUUUUUCAUUUCAGAUUCCAUACAUGACUUUGAGUUUUUAUUCAGAGUUCGGGUCCUUUUACCCACAAACCCAACAAGAAAUUGCAACGGAACAUCAGCUUUUUGCUUGCUACGACAGUAAUUUCACCUUUUCAGAUAAUUCCUCGAUCAGCAGUUUAUAUGAAUUUGAUGAUCAUAACAAUGAGCUCCUUUACUCAUCAGAUAGCUACACCAAUCUUCUUCCUUACUUUUCUUCUCCUUCAGAUUCUGUAAUUUCCCUCUCACCUGAUAUUGUUCCUCUUCAAGAUUUUCAAGAUUCCUAUCACCUAUCGCACUACCAAAAACGACAAUUUGAAGAAUCCUACCACCAGUUGUACUACCCAAAACGACAGAAGAGCUUAGACCAGUGCCAUUCAACUGUCUCACCUAGUUUCUUUGACGGGUAUGUCUCAAAUCCCGAUUUGGCAGUAGUACUACCGGAGUUCUCGCCCGAAAUUCCAGUAGCAUCGUUAGAACUGCCAAAAUUUGAGGCUCCAGCUUCAGCGACUUUUAAUGUAGGUAGAAGCGAUACUGAUGAGAGUAAUGUGAAGAAACCGAGCGUGUCUGCACAGAGCAUUGCGGCGCGCGAGAGGAGAAGGAAGAUAACACAGAAGACUCAAGAGCUUGGAAAGUUGAUUCCAGCAGGGAAUAAAAUGAAUACUGCUGAAAUGCUUCAAUCUGCUUUUAAGUAUGUCAAGUUCUUGCAAGCUCAAGUCAAAGUCCUUCAACAUAUGGAAUCAAUACAAAAGGAAAGGAAGGAGGAUUUGCAAACACAUGAUCAACUACAAAUUCUUCUUACAUCUUCAACAAUUCAAGAGAAGUUGUGCUCACAAGAGAAAUGUUUGGUGCCAAGAGAGGUUCUUGAAACCAUAGCAAAUGAUCAAGAAUUAAUUCAAUCAACACCGUCCAUUAUCGAUGAGAUCGACCAGUUGCUGAUGGGAACCAAUGGCUGACAUGAAUUUGUAUAUAAAGAAAUUUUUGUUCAGUCAAGAGGGCUCAUUUUUGUUGUUCUGAUAAGUAGAGGCUUUGUUGUGUUUUAAUUAGCCACGUGUUAAUUAGGUGCUAAUUGUCAAUUGUUGUUAUUUUUCCCUAAUUUUAGCUAGUUGCUAAUCUAAUCUAUUUCUUGUAAAUUUCUUAUUUAGCAAGGAAAGGAUAGAUUUCCAUUUUUAAAUUGUAAUUUGUUGUUAUUACAUGAAUAAUUGUCUAUAUAUGAUA